AUAUCAUGGUGGAGAGACGGACAUAUGCGUGAACUGACACUGGGUUUGGAGACAAGUGAUCCUCGAUAUUCGCUUCCAAGAUUAUCUUAUCAAGACUGGAGCCUACAAAUCGCGCGGGCCCGCAUGGAUGACAGUGGGAUCUACAUUUGUCAAAUCAAUUUGGAACAAAUCUUGGAGAAAUUUUAUUAUGUUACAGUUAACCCCGCCAAACCCAGUUUGAUGAACUACCAACCAGUCGUGGAACACGAGUUUGUGAAGGAUGAAGCAGUUCAACACAAGUCCAACUUA